AUGGACCGAUUAUUCGCCGAAGAUGAAAUGAAGAAUUCUCCGUUCUCUCCGAAAACCUCCACAACCUCAUCUCCAGCCAAAAGUACCACCUAUUUUAGUGCUGCUGCAUUUUGGAAAAACGACACAGAAUCCGUGAAAGUCGGAGUUAUUCUUAGUGAGCUGGAGAACGCUGAAGAGUUGAAUUUUCUGAUGUUCGAUGCCAGCAAAAGAAUACUAAGAAAACUUUGUGUUGAUGACGCAGAGUUUCAAUUAUCAGAAGAUUCGUUAGCAGUAAGGGUGGAAACUCCACCAGAAGUCAGUGUUAAUGUGAAGUUUGUGGAUCGUCUGACGUUUAUGAAUUUUUCAACCACAGUCAUUCUGAGAAGCAAGAAACAUAUGUUCUUGAAGUUAUCUGACGGUUCGGGAGAUUCUCAAAUUGAAAAUGGCUGUGAUAUUCGCUACAAUUUAACAAAACAUAGUUUCGACGAGAAAGGACAUCUGAAGCUUCCAGAUGAACGUAAAGGUGUGAAGGCAAGAUUGACAAAAGAAAAACUGAUGGAUCAUGUUGUCUACAAAUGGAUGUCUGGACUUCGGAAAGGAUGUCAUUUCCUCAUCAAGGAUACCUUGUCUUCUGUAUUUGAGGUUCUUGUGGACAAAAUCAGGAAAUCUACAGACGUUAUUGAUGAAGAGAAGUCAGUACAUGAAUCGAAAGAAGCAUCCGUAGAGAUUGAACUGAAAGCGGAUACCGAAAUUUCCGAGAGCAGUCAAGAUGUGACAACAAAGGAUCAAUUGAUAAAUCCGCCAAUAUCCGAUGAGUCUUUGAUUGCCUCCGAUGUUACAAUAGUUCCCACAUCAUCUCCUGCUCCGGAGCAUGAUCCUCAAUUGGUGCCAGUUACAAACUCCACAUCACAAAACUUCGUUCCACCCCUUCCGGUUACAGACGAUAUUCGUGACGUACUUCACCGAAUUGUUGGAAUUGAACUUGAUCGAAUCGAGAUGAGACUCAACAAUAAGUUUGAGAAGCUCCAAAAUGAUAUAAUGGCUCGUCUUGACCAUCAAGCUGUUCUCAUACAAAAAAUUCUAGAAAAAUCCUUAGCUGAGUAA